AUGCUUUGGCUCGCUGCUUCUGGGUACUGGUUGAUAUUCUCUCGACUCUCUGGGGGCUAUGGCUCACGUCGAAAGUCUGAUGUCUUCAAGCUGAACCGCACCGCAACGCCUGACAUUGCUGCACUAGAAAUACAGACUGCGCUGGCUCUCCCGUCUGUUGCUUCAGGACUUCCCAAAGACCCCUGGUUACUUCUUUUCGAGGAAGCGGAACGCGUUGGUGCCAAUGCGCUGACUGCGGUCUUGCCUGUAUCCACAGGUUCAUUAACGCGUCUACAGGAUACGCUUCUAGACAUAUUGCACGCUCCUUCGAGCUUGAGAGAAGUUAUCCUGGCGACGCCACAGGAGCUAGCUCGCGACGUACGACAGGUAUUAUGGGAACUGACCUCAAAUCUGCCCGGCCGCAACUACCCCGAGGUUUCUCUUCAUGUCGUUAAGACCUCUUCAAACACCGUUGCCAACAUCGUAGAAUCGGCGGUUGAUGCUUCGACUGAUUGGUUGCUUCUACUCGACGAAAAUGAAUUAACAGGGACAGACUCUCUGACCAGAGAUAUGCUUCUUAAUCCUCGCGCUUUGCCUUUACCACAUGGACCCAAUGGUCAACUGAGAGGUGCUCCAAACGUCUCUUGUCAUAGUAUUCCCUGGCUUCCACAACAAGCCACCUUCUUGACGCCUCCCAUGGUCAUAGGCUCGAUGGUCUUGUCUCGAGGUCUCGGGGACUUUUCCGUCCGAACAUGGGAAGAUCUAGGCAAUCUGGUGUCACACUCCCAUAUGGAUAUGGUCGGGGGACUGCUCGUCGGCCGUGGCACAUCUUGCUCGAGUCAAAUUUCACCGGUUCCUGGUCUAGCUGCGUCGAAGCAAGAGCAAGAACAGCGUCUAGAUCUACCUGCGGAAUUGGGUCAAGUUGUGGACUCAGGUGUUAGCGGACGCUUUGCUGUUAUUCUGGAGACUGCCGAUGACCUGCGGCUGUUCUCAAACGUACUGUGUCGACUGCAGGCUGACUCUCGUCAAGUACACAUCUUGUUAUUCCGGGAGAGCGAUGGAAGGGAUAACCAUGCUGCCUUUGCUUGUGAUCUCCCAUACGAUAUUCUUUCAUGGUCGAGCUUCGACAUCUUUCCGCGCUUUGCUCAUUGGCUGGGUUCCUCGCCCACUCCGGAUGUUGUCAUCAGCUCUUCUGACAACGCGACCAUAACGACUUAUAUGCGAGAGAUUGUAGAGAACCUGGGCAGUGAUCAGCCUGCUCUGAUCCGGCUGCCCAGAGCCGAUCUUCCUUAUUGCGAUUGGCUGGGUGCCUUGUCACUUGAAGAGUGGAAACACUGGGACGUCCCCCGAAUAGACAUCAGCGUGAUUACUAACGACAGGCCUGCGUCCCUCACCAGGCUUCUCAUAUCCCUACAAAACGCGAGAUAUUUUGGAGACGCCCUAGACUUGCGUAUCAAUAUGGACUCUGCCGCCCAAGAUGAGACGAGAAAUAUUGUCGCCCAAUACCGCUGGCAUCAUGGCAGUACAUUUGUACACCACAGGAUCAUUCACGGGGGCUUACUUUCUGCUGUGGUCGAAUCAUGGUACCCAUUGCAUAACCACACGUAUGGGCUACUAUUGGAAGACGACGUCGAAUUGUCUCCGCUAUUUUACGCUUGGGCUAAGAUGGCCAUUCUUCAUUACAGAUAUGGGAAGACUGAAGACUCGUCGCGGCUGUUUGGCAUCAGCCUCUAUCAGCAGAAGACGGUAGAACUGAGACCCGAAGGACGGCGUCCUUUCAACGCAAGAAGCCUCUUUGCUAGGGAGGGCUUGCCGUACCCGGAAACACCAUAUCUGUCCCAAAUACCUUGCAGCUGGGGUGCUGUAUACUUCCCAGAGCAUUGGCGUGAAUUUCAAGACUACCUCUCUGUUCGACUGUCCGAGCUGCGUCUUAGCAUUGGAGAUAACGUGGUCCCGAACCUGCGUUCCAACAAGUGGACGAAGUCAUGGAAGAAAUACUUCAUUGAAUUGACCUACCUUCGCGGAUAUGUCAUGCUGUACCCAAAUUUCAGCAACUUCACUUCGUUGUCCACUAACCACCUGGAAGUCGGAUCACAUGUCAGAGACACCCCGAAGGCGCUGUAUGCGCAGAAGAAGGAUUUGUUCUGUUUGCCCCUCUUGCAGUUGCCCGACGUUGAUGCCUACCCUGCUGUAACUGGCCUGCUUGAGUUGCCUGGAGGAGUACUCCCACCUUGGCCGGCACUCCCUGUUCUGGACCACCUGGGCUCUAUUACAUCCACGGAUCGAAUGAUGAAAAAGGGCUCGAGUCAACGCUCUCAAGUUUUCGGAUGUCUCGUCCCAGUCUCAGUCCCGUACGAUGUACGGGAUCUUACCUGUUCGGAUAAUAUGACUAUGGUUAGAGUGUAA